UAGAUCCAGAAAUCACCCAGACACAUCUAAUGGACACCUUAGGAAGAGAAGGACCAUGGGAAGGAUGGAAGAACAGUGUGCAACCAGCCCUGAUGUUCUCAUUUGUCUUUCUAGUCUGCCUGGAAGCCUGUAUGUGGGUAAGAAACCAUGGACAGAAAAAGGGCCCUCCUGGACCAUUCCCUUGGCCUUUUGUGGGAAACGCCAUGCAGUUGGGACAAAUGCCUCACCUUACUUUCUGCAAGAUGGCACAGAAGUAUGGAAACGUUUUCAAGAUCAGACUGGGAAGUCAUGACAUUGUGGUCCUAAAUGGAGACUCCAUCAUCAGAGAAGCCCUGGUGAAGCACAGUGCUGAAUUUGCAGGGAGACCCAAUUUCACAUCCUUCAAAAUUGUAUCUGGAGGGAAGAGCAUGGCUUUCGGUGGCUACAGUGACCUGUGGAAGGCUCACAAGAGAAUUGCUCACUCAACCCUGAGGGCUUUCUCCACCAUUAACACCGAAACCACAAAGCAAUUUGAACAGCAUGUGGUGUCAGAAGUCCAAGACCUGGUCCAGGUUUUCUUGAACCUUAGUUCUGGAGGUCAGUACUUUGACCCUUACCAUGAGUGCACUGUGGCUGUCGCUAAUGUCAUAUGUGCUUUGUGCUUUGGGAAACGUUAUAGUCAUGAUGACCAGGAGUUCAAAUCCUUGAUUGGAAGAAACGACAAAUUUGGACAAACAGUUGGGGCUGGCAGUCUAGUAGAUAUCCUGCCCUGGCUACAAGCCUUUCCAAACCCCGUGCGGAGCCUGUACCAGAGCUUCAAGGAUUUAAACAUAGAGUUCUUUGAUUUUGUGAAGAAUAAAGUUUCUCAGCACCGGGAGACAUACGACCCUGAAGUGACCAGAGACAUGAGCGAUGCAUUCAUAGGUAUUAUAGAUCAUGGCCCGGGAGUUGGUCUUAGUAAAGACUAUGUGGAGGGGACAGUGACAGAUCUAUUAGGUGCAGGUCAGGACACCAAUUCUGCAGCUCUGACUUGGAUCAUACUCUUACUUGUCAAAUACCCCCACAUCCAGCAGAAGCUACAAAACGAGCUUGACAGAGUGGUUAGUCGGGACAGACUCCCCACUUCUGCGGACAAAACCCAACUGUCCUAUGUACAAGCCUUUCUCUAUGAAGCACUACGCUUCAGUAGCUUUGUACCCAUUACCAUCCCGCACUCCACCACCACCGAUGUCACCAUUGAUGGCUUCUACAUACCAAAGGAUACAGUGGUGUUUGUCAACCAGUGGUCAGUAAACCACGAUGAGUCCACAUGGAAAAAUCCUCACAUAUUUGACCCUGAGAGGUUCCUGGAUGAACAUGACCAGCUGAACAGAGACCUUACCUAUGGGGUGAUGAUCUUCUCCGUAGGAAAGAGGCGAUGCAUUGGGGAUCAGCUUUCCAUGCUGCAGCUGUUUCUCUUCACCACUAUCAUGCUGCAUCAAUGCUCUUUCCAUGCAAACCCCAAAGAUGAACUGACCAUGGACUGCAUCAAUGGCUUGUCCCUGAAGCCUCUUCCAUAUAAAGUCACCGUGAGAGCCCGCGAUAACUCCACUUUAUUGGAUGCUCUGCUCUGUGGCAAGGCCACACCCAGCAGCAGGAAGAUGUAA